GGAAGGGGCGGGGCUAUGAGUACGACGUCCGUGCGCGAUCUCGCGAGAGCAGCAGACGGCGGAAGUACAGUCUGCAGGAUGCGGUUCCUGGUUGCGUUGGUCCUCCUGAUGGUUGCAGCGGCGGAAGACAGGGAGCCCACUUCUCCGUCACCCACUCAGAAGAACAUAACGACUACAGAAAGAGUCUCCACCCAGUUCUCCCCCAGCCUCCUGCCUCAGAAUGAUUCACAGGCUCCGACACAGCUCAUGGCUGUCAGCUCUGCUGGGUCAGACUCACAGCAAGACUCCACAGGAGACAACUCAAACCAGUCAAAUGAGGGCCACCAGUUCACGGGAAACAGUCCUGGCAAGUCAAAUGAGGACCACAAGUCCACGGGAAACAGUCCUGGCAAGUUGAAUAAGGAGCACCAGUCCACAGAAAACAGUCCUGACAGGUUGGUUAAGGAGCACGAGUCCACGGGAAAAAGUCCUGGCAACUUGGUUAAGGAGCACGAGUCCACGGGAAAAAGUCCUGGCAACUUGGUUAAGGAGCACCAGUCCACGGGAAACAGUCCUGACAAGUCAGAUAAGGAGCACCAGUCCACGGGAAACAGUCCUGACAAGUCGGAUAAGGACCACCAGUCCACGGGAAACAGUCCUGACAAGUCGGAUAAGGACCACCUGUCCACGGAAGACAGUUCUGAACCUGAAGGGGGCUCUCCACCCAAAGAAGAGAAGGAAAUGCCUGGCCCUGCCUCUGGAGAGAACCUUGAAGGGACACUUUUGGAUUCCAUAAAUAGGAAGAAGGAUGACCUUUAUAAGGACAAUCUUGGAAGUGCGGAGAGCAGUCACUUCUUUGCAUAUCUGGUGACUGCAGCCAUUCUUGUUGCUGUUCUCUAUAUUGCCUAUCACAACAAGCGGAAGAUUAUUGCUUUUGCCCUGGAAGGAAAAAAAUCCAAACUUACUCGGCGGCCUAAGGCCAGUGACUACCAGCUUUUGGACCAGAAGAUUUGAUCUUUCUGUUUUUGAGAACCUCGUCCUCCCUGCUGAUUUGUUUCUAAAUCAAGAUAAAUGAAGAUAAAAGUACUGUGAACUAAGAGAUACCCUCUAGGGUUUGGUGGCAAGUCCGGGCUGGCAGACAUGGGGGGGUGGGGAGCAUGGCUUUGGUUUUUGCACCGGCACUUUAGUGACCCUGUGCUCCUUUGUUCCCAUUAUUUACGCUGGUGUCUUCCAUCCUUUCCCCGUCUUAGUAUGAGUAGAAGGAGCGAGCAGGUGGGAACCCAGUUUUGACCAAAUGGAGAUCCCAGCCCCUGGCGGGCUAGUGCUGCUGACCGCCCUGGGCGCCUUGGGCCUCGGCUCUAUCGUGAAAUUACCCCUAGAAAGUAGCAUUGCACUCGCCACUAUUUAUUUUUGCAGACCUAGGAGAAAACUCAGCUGCUUGAGGUACUUUCCACCAGGGCCUCUUACUUUAGGGGCUGUGCCCUACACGAGAUCUACAAGGUGAAUGCUGAUGGGCAAAAAGCUACAUUGAACACAUAAUUCUUUUCAAAUGCUUCAGCAGUAAACCAAAACAAUAGCUUAAAAAAAUGCUUUACUGCCUGCAGGUUCAACCCAUCUAGCACAUUUUCAUAUUAUGUAAGACAAAGUGAGUCAGCUUCCAUUUGGUUGUACUGAGUAUAAAACUGAACUUGGGGCUUCUGGGAGUAGAGCUGUAAAGCCACUGUUCCCAUUGCAGAUUUUUAGAAAUAAAGUUGUGAUUAUUGAA